GUGUGCAAGCCGGUGAUGGGCCGUCUGCAGGGCUGGCGCCAAGCCGAGACCACAGAGCUACUGGCGGGCCCCUCCCGCCAACCGCCUCCCGCCUCCCGCCUCCCGCCUCCCGCCUCCCGCCUCCCGCCUCCCGCCAACCGCCUCCCGCCUCCCGCCUCCCGCCUCCCGCCUCCCGCAGCGGCGGCCAAGGCAGAGGCGAGCGCUGCGCCGCGGGGCGGGGCGGGGCGGGGGCGGCUAUUUCUGUUAGCUGAGCGCAGCCCGCGUGCGGCGGGGGAGGGGGCCGCGCCGCCAUAUUCCUUCCCGUCGGCGGCCCCGCGGCGCAGCCACCAUGAGCACCGCCGCCUUCCACAUCUCCAGCCUUCUGGAGAAGAUGACGUCCAGCGACAAGGACUUCAGGAAUGGUGCUCCAUGUUGCUACGGCAGCCCCAGCUCUCCGUGACCUUCCAGCUCAGACUCCACUGCAAUUUCAAAUGCCGGGGACAGGGCAUCCGGCCACACGGAUCUGCCCAGCUGUUCAUGGCUACCAGUGACCUGAUGUCAGAGCUGCAGAAGGACUCCAUCCAGCUGGAUGAGGACAGCGAACGCAAGGUGGUAAAGAUGCUUCUCAGGCUUCUGGAGGACAAGAACGGGGAGGUGCAGAACCUGGCGGUCAAGUGCCUGGGUCCUCUGGUGGGCAAAGUGAAGGAGUACCAGGUGGAGACCAUCGUGGAUGCCCUCUGUGCCAACAUGCAGUCAGACAAGGAGCAGCUCCGAGACGUCGCUGGCAUCGGCCUCAAGACCGUCCUGUCGGAGCUCCCCCCUGCAGCCACAGGCUCUGGCCUGGCCACCAGUGUGUGCCGGAAGAUCACAGGCCAGCUCACCAGUGCCAUCGCCCAGCAGGAGGACGUGGCUGUGCAGCUGGAAGCCCUGGACAUCCUCUCUGACAUGCUGAGCAGGCUGGGCGCCCCGCUGGGCGCCUUCCACGCCAGCCUCCUGCACUGUCUGCUGCCGCAGCUGAGCAGUCCGCGCCUGGCCGUGCGCAAGCGGGCCGUUGGGGCGCUCGGCCAUCUGGCGGCCGCCUGCAGCACCGACCUCUUCGUCGAGCUUGCUGACCACCUGCUGGACCGGCUGCCUGGCCCACGCGCGCCCGCGAGCCCCGCGGCGAUUCGCACCCUGAUCCAGUGCCUGGGCAGUGUUGGCCGCCAGGCAGGCCACCGCCUCGGGACCCAUCUGGACCGACUGGUGCCCCUGGUGGAGGAGUUCUGCAACCUGGAUGAUGAUGAGCUUCGGGAGUCCUGCCUCCAGGCAUUCGAGGCCUUCCUGAGGAAGUGCCCCAAGGAGAUGGGCCCCCACGUGCCCAGCGUGACCAGUCUCUGCCUCCAGUACAUAAAGCACGACCCCAACUAUAACUAUGACAGUGACGGGGAAGAGGAGCAGAUGGAGACAGAAGACAGUGAGUUCAGUGAGCAGGAGAGCGAGGACGAGUACAGCGACGAUGAUGACAUGAGCUGGAAGGUGCGCCGGGCAGCGGCCAAGUGCCUGGCGGCCCUGAUCAGCUCUCGGCCCGACCUCCUGACCAACUUCCACUGCACCCUGGCGCCCGUGCUCAUCCGCCGCUUCAGGGAACGCGAGGAGAACGUCAAGGCCGACGUGUUCGGGGCUUACAUCGUGCUGCUGCGGCAGACGCGGCCCCCGAAGGGAUGGCUGGAGGAGGAGCCCACCCAGUCGGGCAGCAACCUCCAGAUGCUGCGAGGACAGGUGCCUCUUGUGAUUAAGGCCCUGCAGAGGCAGCUUAAAGAUCGGAGUGUCAGGGCCCGCCAGGGUUGCUUCAGCCUCCUCACCGAGCUGGCAGGCAUCCUUCCGGGCAGCCUGGCAGAGCACAUGCCCGUGCUGGUAGCAGGCAUCGUCUUCUCGCUGGCGGACCGCUCCAGCUCCUCCACCAUCCGGAUGGAUGCCCUGGCUUUCCUGCAGGGGCUGCUGGGCACAGAGCCGGCUGAGGCCUUCCACCCCCAGCUGCCCGCUCUCCUGCCACCUGUGAUGGCCUGCGUGGCUGACCCUUUCUACAAGAUCGCAGCCGAGGCUCUGCUGGUGCUCCAGGAGCUGGUGAGGGCCCUGUGGCCGCUGGACGGGCCUCGGCUGCUGGACCCCGAGCCCUACAUUGGAGAGAUGUCCGCGGCCACCCUGGCACGGCUUCGUGCCACUGACCUGGACCAGGAGGUGAAGGAGCGGGCCAUCUCCUGCAUGGGCCACCUCGUGGGCCACCUGGGUGACCGGCUCGGGGAUAACCUGGAGCCGUCACUCUUGCUUCUCCUGGACCGCCUGCGGAAUGAGAUCACCCGGCUUUCUGCCGUCAAGGCGCUGACACUGGUGGCCGUGUCCCCACUGCGGAUCGACCUGCAGCCCAUACUAGCCGAGGCGCUGCCCAUUCUGGCCUCGUUCCUGCGGAAGAACCAGCGGGCGCUGCGGCUGGCCACACUGGCCGCCCUGGCUGCCCUGGCCCAGAGUCAGGGCCUCGGCCUCCCGCCAUCCGCCGUGCGAGCCGUGCUGGCCGAGCUGCCCUCCCUUGUCAGUGAGAACGACAUGCACGUGGCCCAGCUGGCUGUGGACUUCCUCGCCACCGUGACCCGCGCCCAGCCAGACUCGUUGGCCGAGGUCAGCGGCCCUGUGCUGGCAGAGCUGCUGCGUUUGCUGCGCUCGCCCCUCCUGCCAGCCGGUGUGCUAGCGGCCGCUGAAGGCUUCCUACAGGCCCUGGUGGGGACCCGGCCGCCGUGCGUGGACUACGCCGAGCUCGUCGGCCUGCUCACGGCACCCGUUUACGAGCAGGUGGCGGACGGCGGGCCCGGCCUGCACAAGCAGGUGUUCCACUCGCUGGCUCGGUGCGUGGCGGCCCUCGCGGUGGCCUGUCCCCAGGAGGUGGCGGGCACAGUCAACCGCCUGGUCUCUGAUGCCAGGUCGCCCAGCUCGAGCCCAGGGGUCAAGGUCCUGGCGUUCCUGUCGCUGGCCGAGGUGGGCCAGGUGGCCGGGCCGGGCCCCCAGCAGGAGCUGAAGGCGGUGCUCCUGGAAGCCUUGGGCUCGCCCAGCGAGGACGUGAGGGCGGCUGCCUCCUACGCGCUGGGCCGCGUGGGCGCGGGGAACCUGCCUGACUUCCUGCCCUUCCUGCUGGGGCAGAUGGAGGCCGAGCCCCGGCGGCGGUACCUGCUGCUACACUCGCUCCGGGAGGCCCUGGGGGCCGCCCAGCCUGACAGCCUGAAGCCCUAUGCCGAGGACAUCUGGGCCCUGCUGUUCCAGCGCUGCGAGGGCGCCGAGGAGGGCACCCGGGGGGUGGUGGCCGAGUGCCUCGGGAAGCUGGUCCUUGUGAACCCUCCUUUCCUCCUGCCGCGGCUCCGGAAGCAACUUGCUGCAGGUCAGCCACACACCCGCUGCACUGUCAUCACAGCCCUCAAAUUCCUCAUCUCGGACCAGCCGCACCCCAUCGACCCCAUCCUGAAGACCUUCGUUGGAGAGUUCAUGGAGAGCCUGCAGGACCCAGACCUGAAUGUGCGCCGGGCCACCCUGGCUUUCUUCAACUCCGCCGUGCACAACAAGCCCUCACUGGUCCGCGACCUGCUGGACGACAUCCUGCCCCUCCUCUACCAGGAGACGAAGAUCCGCCGGGACCUCAUCCGAGAGGUGGAGAUGGGGCCCUUUAAGCACACGGUGGACGAUGGGCUGGAUGUGCGGAAGGCAGCCUUCGAGUGCAUGUACUCGCUGCUCGAGAGCUGCCUGGGCCAGCUGGACAUCUGCGAGUUCCUGAACCACGUGGAGGACGGCCUGAAGGACCACUACGACAUCCGGGGCCUGCUCCUUUCUGUCCUGGGCCAUUUCACCAAGAACUGUCUCCUUCCUCCUGGGCAGAUGCUGACCUUCAUCAUGCUCGCCCGACUAGCUACCCUGUGUCCUGUGCCUGUCCUGCAGAGGGUGGACCGGCUCAUCGAGCCCCUCAGGGCCACCUGUACCGCUAAGGUCAAAGCUGGUUCUGUGAAACAGGAGUUUGAGAAGCAAGAUGAACUGAAGCGCUCCGCGAUGAGGGCAGUGGCCGCCCUGCUGACCAUCCCAGAAGUGGGGAAGAGCCCCAUCAUGGCUGACUUCUCGUCCCAAAUUCGAUCCAACCCCGAGCUGGCCACCCUCUUUGAAAGCAUCCAGAAGGAUUCUGCUUCAGCCCCCAGCACAGACUCCAUGGAGCUCAGCUAGUGCCCCACCCCACCCCCUGGGGACCCUAACUCACAAGGAGGCCCACUGAAGCCAGAGCCUCACCCUCCCAGCACCACAGGCCUCUAACUUUUGCCCCUUAUCCUUAGGCUGCCAAUAGUUGGGCCCUUUUAACUCAGGACAGUUAUUCAAAGCGGGUGUGGUAGUUCUUCCAAAGCUUCCACGGAAGAUGGAUGUGACUUCACACAGGUCAGCCUGGCUCCUUCAAACUGGGGGUCCCAGCCUCAGCGAGUACUUAGUAUUUAGAAAUACUUGUGCUCACAGCUGCAAAAAGCUUAGGAGGCAGCCGGAUGCCUUCCUCCCCGCUGUCCUAGAUGCGCCAUUCACACUGCUCCCACGUUUUCACCUGAUCCGAUGUGCCAAAAAUUAGUGCUUUGGCUGGGCAUCUUAAACUCAGGUACCUCUCAGAGCUAUUCACACUCUAGAAUCCAAAAUGCUUUCUUUCUCAUUGGCAGUGAUAAACCAGGAAUGUGUAUUAUUUUUGCAGAGGCCGGUGAGUGGGGUAGGGAAUUAGAUGUAAUGUUUUUUUCUAAUCCCGAAACUCUUAGGUAGCAAACUGAGAGACAGGAAAGCACAAAUGAAAAAGUACAAACCACCUUUCAUGUCCCCCCAUCGAGGUGUAACCAGGUGGUUUGUGAACAUGUCCCUUCUAGUUUUUAGUAUCAAGGACACAGAAACAUUAAGCGACAGGCCAAAGAAUUUUCUGCUAUCCCAGGUUAAUAAAGGACAGAUCCUCAACUGUUACUGUUUUCUCCACACAAUUCCUCUACUCUGUAGUCAAGACUAUCAGAAUGCUCCCCACGUCAAUUCAAAGAAGUCACACAAUGACCAACAAUUUACUCAAACGUUUCAGACUGAGUUUUGAACAGGAGCAAAUCUGUAAGACAUUUAUCUACUGAACUAAGGGCCUUAAAUCCAACCUUGUGCUAUAGAGUGCCACGUGCCCUGUUCCUUGUGACCUGUGCUGCCACUUAAUAAUACCAUGUCUUGGAAAAAUGGCCUCUUAGCAUCAAAAAACAGCUGAAUUCUAGGUACUGUUGACUAAGGUCUAGGACUGUAGUUGAAAAGGAAACUUGAUUGUCCUCAAUCUUCACAAGAACCACACAGGGUAAUUCCUCACUUUAUAAAGUGAGGCUAAAAAUGACUACUUGCUCCAAGAUGCAAGGUCCUUCACCAGGGGUCUCAGAACCUACCGUGGUCUGAGGGCCACAUCUUCCUGAGCCCACCUGGAGCUGACCAAGGCUGCUCUGGGCACCUGAGGCCUGGGCCCCAUGAAGGAAGGAUCACGUAUCCUUUACAAACGCCUUCCAAACAGAAGGUUCCAUAGAGCACAAACAGGCAAAAGAGCAAUCUCUGUGAGAAGCUGUCAAACAAACUGAAGAGUAAAACCAAGGGGGAAAUGCCAGAUGGCCGUUUUACGGUUUUAUUAAACAAAACGUGCACACGA